AUGCGCCGGCUCCUCGCGCUAUCGUGCCUCGGCCUCGGCGCGGCGCGCCCGACGGUGCGCGAGCUGAAGAACCUCGCCGAGUUCGACAAGCUUUUGGCCCACCACGCCGAGAACACGGGCCUCCCCGUCGUCGUCGACUUCUACAGCGACUCCUGCGGCCCCUGCCGCAUGAUCGCGCCGGUCUUCAAGAAGCUCGCGGCGGAGUACAAGGACCGCGCCGUCUUCGCCAAGGUCAACGUGGCCCACGCGCGCGACGUCUCGGCGAAGGCGCAGAUCCGGUCGAUGCCGACGUUCCACUUCUACGCCGACGGCCGCAAGAAGAACGAGUUCUCCGGCGCCGGCGAGAUGCAGCUCCGCCAGGCGACGGACCAGAUC